UUGUGCAGCAUUGCAUUAGGUAAUACUCAAACUUGGUAUUGAACAUGAGUUUAAUUAACUCAUUUUAAAGAUACCGCUUCCCAAGUAACAAUACGUUAGAGGGAUGAAGAAUUACUUGAAGCCAACUGUGGUCUUGAAAGCAUAACACACAACACACUGGACGUAUUGUGCUGUGGAUUCUUGAUCCCUUUUAAUGGCAAUUGCGAAAUAUUGUAUUCCAAAGAGGUUUCUUGGCGACGCCCAGUGGCCGAACUAGAGCAUUACACUCCACCACGCCAAUGUCGUCACAUCCGCUCUUCUUCCUGUUGCUCACAAACAGCUAACCAGGCGGAGGCUGGACCACAUUGAAUGACAUGUUCAGACAACACAUUUAAGCCUCUUGGUUUCGUUUGGAGAACAUUCAAAGAAGCAGAAAAAAAUGGCCCACUGAAAUGAAAUGUCUGCUUAACACCCGCCGAUGCCAGAGUGAUGCGUUCCUCCUCGUACACGGACACCGAGCAGCCGAUUGCCUGAGAAACGUCAAGUUCUCCGCCGCUGUUCCAAGUGAGCCCGCAAACACAUGUCGCGAAUAAGGGCCACGCUGGACAAUGUCACCAAGGCAGUAGGCAGCACUGACCUCAUCUCCAAGUUCUCCCGCCGAAAGCCUGGAAGCGCCGCCGUCGACGGCCCCCACGCGGAAAAGGUCCUGGUCAAAGCCGAGACCUCCGCCCCUGACGACACGGCCACGGCCUCGCCGUCUGAAACCACCGCGAAGGAAGAAGAAGGUGAGAGGAGCUCAGCGGGGGAAGACUCGGACAAGCGACGGCAGCAAGUUCCAGAAGAUUCCACGUCCAGUUCGGCCUCAGCAGCGAAUGCGUCUGCAACGAGCUCUUCCUCGGCCGUGGCGAAACAUCCGACGCAGCCGUUUCACCCAGCAGCUCUGACCAACAACAUGGACGACGCCUACAAAACUCUAUCUCAGCACAUCAACAGUUACUUUGGCACCAGCACACAAGAGGAAGGACGAGACGACAAACCACCGCAGCAGCAGGAGCACAGAAAAGGGGGUGAUCCUGUUUCUAGGCCGACUCUCAGUGCCGUCACUCAGACGAUUAGGGACCACAUUCCUAUGUUGUCCUCGGUGGCGGAGGCUAAAAGUAUUGACGCACCCGCGACCUCGCCUCCCUCUUCGUCUCCAACAGAAGAGCUCAGCUCUCCAGCAGGGAUGCCCUCCUCUCAAAUCCCCGCGACUCAAAGUGCAGCCGAGUCCCUCCCCGUGCCUGUUCCCGCUUCGAAAAAAGGCUUCACCCGUUAUCUCUCCUACCCUCGGCCCAGCGUUCAGGCGUUCGUCGGCAGCUACUUCGCACCCCUGGUCCCCAAAUUCAGGAGCGACUCCAAGAGCAUCGCAGCUGAAAGAGUCAAGUCUUCAGCGGUCGCUGUGGGAGAGCCCACUGUGGACAAGAAGGACGGAGAAGAGGAGAAAGCGGAUGAAGUGAAGAAACAGCUGUUGACUCAAAGAGAGAAGAUAAUAGCCAGGGUGAGUGUAGACAACCGGACCAGAGCCCUGGUGAAAGGCCUGCAGAGAGUCACCGAUGUCAAGCUUCUCACCAGUCGGGUGGAGGAGCUCAGCGGUCACCUCCUGACGUUCCCCGAGACGCGAGGUGUAGCUAUCAUGGAGAGUGUGCUGCCCUGCCUGCUGCGUUUGCGCCAGGCCAGAGACCUGCCUCUUCAGGCCGCUGUGAGGGAAGCACUGGCCUUGGUUGGCUACGCUGAACCAGUCAAAGGCCGAGGAAUCCGGGUCCUGGCCAUAGACGGAGGCGGAACAAGGGGACUGCUGGCCCUGCAAACGCUCCAGAAACUGCAGAACCUGACUGGCAAACCAAUCCACCAGCUGUUUGACUACAUCUGUGGAGUCAGCACAGGUGCCAUUUUGGCCUUCAUGCUGGGAAUUUUUCAGAUCCCCUUAGAUGAGUGCGAGGAGAUGUACAGAAAGCUGGGCUCGGAUGUGUUCAAACAGAACGUCAUCGUCGGAACCGUGAAGAUGAGCUGGAGCCAUGCUUUCUAUGACAGCGAAAUAUGGGAAAACAUCCUCAAGGAACGCCUGGGUGAGGGGCGUAUGAUCGAGAGUGCCAGGGACCCACACUGCCCUAAAGUGUCAUCAGUGAGCACCAUUGUGAACAGGGGUUUACCGCUGAAGGCCUACGCGUUUAGGAACUACAGCUUCAUGCCAGGAGUGCGAUCCCACUACAUUGGAGACUGCAACCACAAAAUGUGGCAGGCCAUCAGGGCCUCUUCUGCCGCUCCGGGGUACUUCAAAGAAUUUGUCCUGGGAAAAGAUCUGCAUCAGGAUGGAGGACUACUAAUCAACAACCCCACAGCUCUCGCCAUCCAUGAGUGUAAGUGCUUGUGGCCCAACACACCGCUGCAGUGCGUGUUGUCUCUGGGCACCGGGCGGUACGAGACCACGGGCAAUAACAGCACGGCGUACACCAGCCUCAAGACCAAGCUCAGCCACGUCAUCAGCAGCGCUACAGAUACCGAGGAGGUGCACACCAUGCUGGACGCCCUCCUGCCCCCCGACACGUACUUCCGCUUCAACCCCUACUUGAGCGAGGACAUCCCGAUGAACGAGAGCCGGCCGGAGAAGCUGAACUUCCUCAAGGCCGAGGGCGAGCGCUACCUGGAGCGCAACGAGGCCAAGCUGAGGAUGGCGGCCAGCGUGCUGGGCCAGGAGAAGAGCGCCAUCCAGAGGCUGGCCGAGUGGGUCAAGCUGAAGGCGAACAUGUACGAGGGCCUCCCCUUCGUCUCCAAGCUGUAGCUAUGGACUCGCCAACAGUUUGGCCACAAGUGAGUUUUUAAGAUAAGAAGACAUGGAGUGCACAUGGAACAUUACGGGGCAAACUGGACACACGUUUUGUUCACGUUUUGAUCAUCAUUUAGCGAGCGUUAAAAGUGUCAUUUGAGAAAUGUAUAACCGUAUUUAUUAAUCAAGAUUAUACUAUACCGUAAAUAAUAGUGAGAUGUAAAAAAAAAAAAAUUGUGGCACAAAAUGUUGAUAAAAUUGAGCCUGAAUUAUAUACUUUUGAAAAUAAUUAAGGAAGUUUUGACUGUUCAUACGUUUAUGAAUUUUAAGAUGGUUAAGUGUUGACUGAACUUUCAAUGACGGUAUUAUGACACUUGACUAUUAUGAAGAACUUUGUUAAUACAACUAUUUUGUAAAAAUGGCUGAUUGUAAUUUUCAGUAACUUGAAUACAUUACGAUGUAAUUAAUACAUGACUACCUAUUUCUAACAUUGUACAGAAGAAAGAGCUCAUGCACUUAAUUCUUAAUUUUGAAAAUGUCAAAUAAUAUUUGAAACUCAAAUAUUUCAACCGAUUAUUUGAUUGGUCUUGCUAGAAUUUAAGAAUACGACAAAAGAACUCCUGCUGAUUCUUAAAGUCACUGUGUUGUAUUGAUGCAGACGCACUAUCUGUUUCAGAUACUUAUGAUAAAGAAUGCUUUGCUUAUGAUACAAAGCAUGUUCUCCUUUCUGGUCAAAUAUUCAUUUCCACGCUUUUGAUUUUUAACUUGACUCAAGCCUGACUUCAUCAUCCCUGGCUCUAGUUGUCACACACUUUAUACAUUUGACAGACGUUUUCCAUUGUGAGAAUCACAAUUGUCCUGAUUCCUUCCUCCUUGAAUGCGAAAUCAAACGAUGUAAAAAAUAAAUCAAAGUUUGGGUUUGCAGAACCUUGAUAAAAUAUUGUUCUCUCUCGA